UAUGAAUUAUAGAAAUUCUACAACCAGGUCUCUACUCCAAUGCUCCGGAAUGUUCAGUUCAACUAUCCCCAUACGUCAGUCACGGAUGUCACUCAAAACAGUUUCCAUAACUAUUUCGGAGGCUCAGAGAUUGUGGUGGCAGGAAAAUUUGACCCUGCAAAAUCAGAGCAAUUACAGAGCAUUAUCACGGCAACUUCGGCCAGCACAGAGUUAGUCUUGGAGACCCUGGCCCAAAUGGAUGAGUUGGAGGAUUUUCUAUCAAAAGACAAGCAUGCAGAUCCUGAUUUCACCAGGAAAUUGUGGGCCUAUCUGACCAUCAACCAACUCCUAGCUGAGCGGUAAGAAGUACAUACACCACAGGGAU